AUUUUGACCUAAAAUACAACAUAUUCAAAGCUCAUCAAAAUCGGAGGGGGACAUCUCUAUCACUUUCCUUGUGAAUGAGAUAAUAUGAAGUGGGGUCAUAAGACUUCAUGUUAUCUGAGCCUGUUAUCGUAAACUUCCUUUUCAUCGGUUUUAUUUUAACAUUACUGUUACUGGAAUCUUGGUAGUAUAAAAACGAACACAGUGCAAAACGUUUCUACACAAAAUUAAUGCUGUAUUACUUCAUUAUUAAACCGUGCAGUCUAAAAUGCUGUCACCGCAUACAUGAGUGCAAUUCGUAUAUACGCGUUUAUGUCUUCGCAUACAUAUGUAAACGUCUUAUUAAACAAAACUGUUUCAUUAAUUCAAAUUGGCUAUAAACUUUUGUAAAUUAAAAAGCAACUAAACUAAAAGUAAUCUAAACUAAUUAUUUAUAUACAAUAAUUACAUAUGGUCUGUCAUGUUAAUCCAUCUAUUUUUAUUUUAAUAAUCAUUAAUCUUACAAAUAUUUCAAACGUUGACAAUGAAAAAAAUGGAGCUGGACGUACUAAUAUUUCUUAUGUUUGUGAGUCAAGUAUUACUUAUUUUCGGAAAAGUAAUUUUAAUGCAUAAUUUCUUAGUAGAAAAUGACAAAUUCAUAUGUGUCUCUGAAAACGAUGGCAGUGCUCUUGUAUGGAAUCUUCAACCGUGGCUUUAUGAGCUUCACUUGGUGAACGAGGUUUUUAACAAUCGAUUUUAAACAAUUAAUCAAACUCGUUGCAUUACAACUCAAAUUCUGAGCACUAGAAAAAAAUGAUAGAUCAAAAAUAUCCGAGUGUGGGCAAAUAACAACUUUUGAAAUGUGGUCAUUGAAACGUGGGCAUUGAGUGUUAAUAUGUGGGAUAAAGUCGCCCAUUAUGGGAUAGAUUCCUAAUAUAAGAUAGUGAGGUUUCUGCUAUAUUAAUAAACGCAUAUGAGAGAUUCAAUAUUUAUCAGUCUAAUGGAUUUAAAAAGAAUGAGAUAAUGUGUGAAAUGAAUGCAAAUAAAGGAUGUUUGGAGUCAUGGAUUAAACGAGACUGGAAUCUUACAAAUUCUUUAUUAACACCUAUGGGUCCAGUAUUUGAUCUACGAUGGGAAGAAUUUCAACAGAACGUCUUCAACAGAACUUCUUACCCCAAUGACUUCUAUAAAGUUCUUAGAACUAACUUUAGUAACAAAGUAAACCUUUCUUUUUCGAUUUGUGCUUUUUACGACGUUGAAAUAUUAAUUUGCAACGGCGAGGAUAUUUACAGAGAUUCUUGCUAUUGGAUCAUAUUAAAUAUUGAAGACUAUACGCAAUCUGAAAUUCGAAAAUAUGUAACAGAAAUCCCCGGAUUCAAUAAAUCGAAGAAUUAUCCUGAGAAAGGUUUAAAAUAUUAUAAUCCAGAAUCAGGAAAAAACUCAGUUCCUGAAUAUAAAUGGCAAACGUUUGUUAUUACAUGGAAUUUUGACAUGGGCAAAUUAAUUCUUUAUGAUACUGAUAAGAUUAUUUCGACAUAUACAGACGAAGAAAGGCAAUUACUCUCAAACAAUAAUUAUUACAUAUUCUUUAAAAGUUUCCAAUUUAAAGAACAUGUAUCUUUGCGAUUUCAUAUAUAUGACUUUUUGCAUACGACUGUUGAGAAUGCAACUUUAACGAAUCCAGGUUUUCAAGUUUACGAUAAAGUGAUAUGUGUACAAUUAUUAGUUGGCCUUUGCGUUGAAUGCGAUGCACAAAUAGUGUUGCGUGAUUCCACGAACAAUGCAGUGUUAGCAAUGGCAAUAGUAAAAGGCUCAACAAAAAAAGCGGAUCAUGGCUUACCUAUGUGGCAAUCUGUCACUGUCCAGAAUAAUUCAAUCAAGUAUAGUAAUUACAGGGUGAUCAUCCAAUUAAUUCCUAAACUCAGUAAUAGUAACUUCAAUCCGCUAUGGGCGAUAGCAAAUGUUCGCCAGUGUCCUCUAAAUGGGACUCUGAGGAAGAAUGUUAUAACUUUUAAAAGUUAUAACGAAUUUAUCGAGCACGACAAAUACGUGACAUGUCAAAAAUUAUUUUAUAAUGAACAUGCUGUCGUGAGUUCUACGUCACACAUCAAAUCAGAUGUAAAUCUUGAUGCGUCAAACUGUCCUCUAGGAAAAAUUGAACCAAAGUGCUUAGUUUUCUGUGAAUAUGAUCUGCAUAGUACUUUUGAUUGCAACGGAACUCAAAUUUGUUACGAAGAUGGUUGCACGUGUAAUGCAGGUUUUAUGGGGGAAAAAUGUUUAAACUCUUGUGAUUUAAAUACCUACAGUUAUAAUUGCAAGAAAACAUGUGGUUCAUGUCUCUAUAACAAAACAUUAUCUGGCAAUCGGUGUGAUACAAGAACUGGGAUAUGCAGUAACGGAUGUAAUAAUACUAAUACAAAAUUUUACAUUCCACCUUUAUGUCAAACAAGUAUCGAGAAGCCAAAUGCACCUACACUCAUCUUAAUAAACGAAACAACUAUUUGGGCCAAUGUUUCUGUAACGUGGCACGGAGAAUACGAAGAAAUAUCGAUUCUUUACUCGUUUGACAUUCAAGAACAUAAUAAAAACGUUCAACAAUCAUGGAACGAGUUAUUUCGAAAUAUGACACAAAUGACAAAAUAUUUUGAAAACAUGGAACCUGGUUUUACUUAUCGAAUUCGUCUAAACUUAAAUAUUUCAGGUGUACAAAUACACAGCGAUUGGAAAGAAGUUGAGACUAAAUGCACUCCGGCUGAAAAUUUCGAUAUAAAACCAGAAGAAAAUGGCACAAUAAUUAAUUUGCGAAACAUCCCAAAUCAAAUUCAUUUAUGUCCAGCAAGGUGGUAUUAUCUAGUGAUUCAUGUAGACACGAAUAAAGAAGUCGUUUCAACAAUAGUUCCAUCUUUUCCAUAUAAGUUUCAACCUUUAUCAUCAAAUACUUCUCUUAAUGUGAUUAUAUCUCAUAAAAAUCACACGUUGUUUUCCACGGAAAUUCGUACGUUCAAUGGCGUUACGUACGAUUCAGAUUACAAUUACAUAGCCGAAUAUAAAGGUAUAUUGUCUAACACACAACUUACUCUGAUUUGGACGCCACCGCAAAAACCGAAUGGGGAAAUAGUGCGUUAUGAAGUAAACUUGAAGGUUAAUGAAUACUAUGGCUGUACAGACUUAAAAUUACCUACGCCAAACAAUGACAUUACUAAAAUAUCCAAAGAGCCAACAAUCACAAUUCAGGAUUUACAUCCGUACACAUCUUAUAGUGUGGAGGUUAUAGCUCAUAACUCACAUCAUUUCAUCUCAAUUGUAAAGACAACCUUUGACACAAAACCAACUGAGAUACCAUCAGAAGUAUUUAGUCAGUUGAAAGUAAAAGACUGGACGUUAAUGUGGAAUCCACCCGAUAAUUGCACGACAAUUUUGGGACCACUAAUAGCAAAGAUAGUAAUACAAGGUAUUAGUGACGCUGUUAAAGAUUUCAAUACGAUUAAAUAUAGUAUUUACUAUAAAAUCAAUUUGAAUGAAUUUUAUCCAAAAUUAAACGGUCUUGAACGAUACUUAGCAACACUUUACGUAAUAAGAGAUUACGACGGAAAGAAAAAUACCACCGCUUAUCAAAAAUUGGAGUUUAAAACUCCACCAGCAGCUCCACACAAAGUAAGAAAUUUAGAGAUUGUCGAAAUUGAUACUCGUCAAAUGAGUGUCAUGAUACACUUGCGAUGGCGAAGUCCAAGUCCAACUCACAACGGAAAGUUACGUAAUUAUGGUGUAAAGUUGCAUAAAUGGUUUGAAAAAUGUUGCCCAAUUAUUGAAGUUCCAUUUAAUGGAACAUGUGAUUUAUGGGAUGAUUAUAUAUGUACAGUUAUAGAGAAAAACGUAACUCAAUACCAUUCUACGUUUUUUGAUUCAAUUCAGGUUUUUGCAUACAACGUGAACGUCACUGAGCCAGGAGAAAUAGCUUUCAUAUCUCCCAGAGAGAUACCGAAACCAA